CCCAUCUUCUCCUCUGGGCAAAAUGGAAAACCUGAAGGAGAAAAAUGGUUGGAUGUCUGUUCCUCAAUUUGGAGGGUGGGAUCAUAAGGCUGCAGGAGCUACAGACUAUUCCAUGGUAUUUUCUCGAGCUCGAGCUAAUAGGAAGCAGCACAAAACAGAUUUGAGUGACUUCAAGCGAGCCAGCCUCGGGCACGAGCACGAGCACGAAACAGAGUUAAUCAAUGCGGCUCAGCAUCAAGAUGAUUCGAUUAUGAGGAAAAAGAAGAUUCUGACCUACAUCAAUUGCUGCAUUAAGCCUUGAUUUCCUAAGAUCAAGCCACUCCUCAUUUUCAAUCAUCUUGCAUGAUUAUGCUAAAUUUUGAAGUCUGGCCUGUAAAUUUAUAGAUGAAACAUGUUCAUCAAAAGAAGCAUAACCAAAGCUUCUGUGUAAUCUAUCUCUCUUUUGGCUUAUUGAUUCUGCAAAAUCUUUUAAGUGUACCACAUAUGCUAU